UUAAAAGAAACGAUUUGUUUUCCGAAACCAGUUUUAGAAAACUUUUUACCCAUAAAAACCCAACAUGAUGGAUGUCACUGAAAUAGAAUUAAAUAAUUCUGACAUUAUAAAAAGGUUUGACCGACCCACAAGCAAACAAACAAUUAGCUCAAACCUACCCUACAAAAAGUAUUCAAUUAAAAUUCCGUUACGCAGGGCAGACAUAUAUAUCUACAUAUACAAUAAAUCCGUACAUUAUACAUAAUACAGUGUAUAUGAUAUGUAUAUACACACACUACCUUUAGAAAUUAACUGUACAUGGUUCAUGGGACAUGGGACAUGGGAUAUAAGAGACAUUUGACAUUGAACUGGGAACAUCUGGCAUGGGACACGGGACAAUUGAUCUAGUAAAUCUGAAAUGGGACAUCUAAAAUGAGACAUGGGACAUUUGAAUUGGGACAUCUGUAAUGGGACAAAGAACAUCGACAUUGCAGUCAUCGGGACAUGCGGAAAGGAUCCAGCAAUGUGAUCAGCAUGCCCCUGCUCCUGCUCCAUCAUGGAGCAGAACCUAUCUGGAGCUGAACCCGGAGCUGAAAAGUACCACCUGCCUGAACUCACUGAACCUAGCCACCUAAACCUGAUAGAACCCGGAGAUAGGGUGGAUGAAAGGACUGGGAUGAGUGUUGAAGAUGUAUCCGGGUCUACCUAGAGUCCUAGCUCUCGUCCUUAUCCUUCUCCGUCCUAGCUCCAGUGUCAGGGUUCAUAUAAUCCACUGGAACAGUUCUAAUCCUAUGUUUAGGAUUGAUAACACAGAUCAUAUACUGGAUGUGAACCAGGGUAACAUGCCGUGGGAGUACGACCAAGUAAACCUAAUCUGUCCCUGGUACAACGGUACACGGGUACAUGACGAGGAGAAGGAGAAAUAUAUCAUUUAUAAUGUGUCACAGGAUGAGUACGAGAGCUGUAGAAUCCUUCAGGAGGAUCCCAGGGUAGUAGCAGUUUGUGAUAAACCGAACCAAAAACAUCAGUUCACGAUUACAUUCAGAAAUUUCAGCCCGACCCCCCGGGCCCUGGAAUUCCAUCCGGGGAAGGAUUAUUAUUUUAUUUCUACCUCGUGGUCCGGGGACCUUUAUAGAAGACAAGGAGGUGCCUGCUCACAACAUAAUAUGAAGGUUGUGUUUAAAGUUGCCGACCCUGUACAUCAGGGGGGUGCAGGAGGGGGGCACCAGGGGACAGGGGGCGGUGGCACCCUUCCAACCAUUAACUCCCCCCGGGUGCACAUCAACUCUGACAAGCAGAACACGCGCCCAAUCCAAGAUAUUAGAUCCUUUCAAACCGGUUUAGAUAGAUCGAUAGACGGAGAUAAAUAUUCUAGAAGGAACGGAUUAGUCAAACAAGAAGCGUCUACAAUGUCGUCUUCGGUACAUCUUUCUGCCUCUGCUCUUCUUAUUUAUCUUAUAGCUUUUUUAUACUCGGUCAGGACUUAGUGAGAUUAGUAAAUUGUACACUUUAAACUUUGGGCUCUGUUUAUACAUAUGUACACCCUAAUGUGUAGAGCCUGUUUACAAGUGUCUAAAGAGAUUAAAACAAUGGGGGCAUAAAAAGUGAAUGGUCAAACUCAUUAGAAUUUGCCGUUAUUUAUUACCCUGCCCAAGUACAGACUUACCGAGCAUGCAAAUCCAAGCUGUGCAUCCAUAUACAAAACCUAAUUUCCAAAAUGGCCGUCAUGAGGUCAAAAUGGCGGUUUUUUGUGCUACUAAAUAGUGAUAAUAUCAACCAGUGCCAUAUCUUCACAUCGUGGAGCCAAUCCUAAAUCUCUCAACCUCAUUUGAUGCAAAUCUGCGAAAAUACUGAUGCGUUGUUCAGAAUGUUAUUUGCAAGCAGAAAUUGCCAACAAACCCAGUGAUGUAAAAAUGUUGUCAACUUGUAAAAGUUUUAAUAUUUAUUCAUAGUACUCUGAAUCUCAAAAAAAUGUUAAAUUUUUUUAUGUAAAGCGUCAAAAAGUUGAAGAUCUUAUCGAUUUAAAAGAAAUUCCAAUUAAAUAUAAAAACUUGUGAUUAACAUUUAUCAUAAAUAUUAAAAUUUGCUGUUUGAACUUUUCAAUUUUAGAAUUUAAUUCCUAAGUAAUUGUAACGUAGUUUAGAGUGUAUAUAUUUGUACAUGAAUAUUCACUCUGAAGGGUUAGAUAAAAUGUGCUUGUAAUUGAAUUGUACAUACUUUGUUGACCUAAUACACAUGUUAUACGCUGUGCAUGUACAAUAGAAUAUUGCUUUUAUUCUGUACAUUGUACACAGAGCCCGAAAUUUAAAAGAGUAUCGCUGGACAAAACUCCCGAGUUUCCUUUUUGGGAUCU